AUGAUUGACCCAGGGACCGUUGUAUCUGUACUCGAGCUCGUCGGGAUUGUUGUGAAACGCUUGGUCGAAGCUGGCCAGACCAUACAUGAUGCUCCAGAAAGUCUCGCUCAAGUCAUCAAAGAGGCCGAAAGGCUUCGGGCGCUCUUGGACCGGUUGCUGAUCUUCCAGAGGGCACUUCCUCCGGCACAGCAAGAAAUCCUGGACAAGCAAGUGAGUUCGGCGGAUUGUAUUGACCUUCUGAAAAGAUUAGACGACCUCACGUCUGGCAAGGGACCGGACAGCAAGGAUGGCGAUGGAAGAGAAGAGAAGAUGAAGUUCGCUCAUAGAUGGUGGUGGCUCCGGAAGAAGGAUGUUGUGGAAGCCCUAGUGAGAAAACUGGAGAACCAGAUAGAGAAUGUGUCGAAGCGAUUAGUGAACGAGUACCUAUUUCAAAACCAUCAACAACUCUCCCAAAGCUCCGAGCAAGUCUCGAAGAUAUUGGAACUGGUCAUGUCCAUGGCGUUGAGGUUGAACUCAGACGAUCCUGGAACGGCUCGAUUUGAUGACAACGGCAUAUAUUCGCCCUACAAAGCCCAGGGUAUUGCCUGGUAUGGGCAAUUUCGUUGCAAGCCAGGGCAAGAUUGCACAAUGCCCUACUUUCGAGACCGACGCAAACUAGCUGACCUGGCUUGGGCGGGCGACUGGAAGAAGGUGAUGAGGCUGCUCGAGCACGCCCACGGGGAUUACAGACAGAAUUGGAUCAACUGCACUCCAUUAUAUCAUGCUGAUGAGGCGGACCGCAUCACCAGUGGAUUCAGGCCUUUACACCAAGCGGCAUGGCACGGUGACAAAUCAGCUGUGGAAGGUCUUUUAAAAGGAGGCGCUUGGCGUCUCGUGAGGACUGUGCGCGACACAAAAGAUUCGAGCGAAUUCAGCACUCCGCUGGACAUUGCCAGGGAGCAUGGGUGGAGGGACCUUUACGACAAGCUUAGUCCUGUCAUCAGGAGGCCACUUAACCAUAAGACAUUACAGGCUCUUCAGCUUCACCUCCAUAAUUUGAUCAGAGACACGUUCGGCACUCAUCCGGACGCACAUCUCGAUUGCUUCCUCCUUCCAGAGCUGGAGAUCCUAACGGAGUUUGACCGGUCGAGGAUAUGGUUCCCCUUGAAUCCUGAACUGCUUGACACCAGAGACGGAUUGGCGGUGCAUGUCGUACUGGAACGUAACGAGCUAGUCGUGGUCAUGCGCUGGAGCAGAACCGUGAGGAAGAACUAUCGGAUUUCAAUGUCAGGGGUGCAGGAAAUCCAACAGGCUGUGGUGCUUCACUGA